AUGGUUUCGACUGGUGAAAGUGGUACGGACUAUGUUUCUACGUUGGAUCCAUCCUCUCAAAUUCAAGGUACAAACGCUUUAUUGUCAACUCCCAGAGCAAAUCAUCAGCGUUCAGAUUCAUCGUAUUCAAAUAAUUAUUCACUUUUAGACUUUUAUGGAAUGGAUUCCCCACAUAUAGGCUCACCAGAAGUUAAAGAGAAUGGAAUUAUAGAUGAAACUAUCGUGGUUAGUCGAAAUGGGGAUGGAAUCACUGAAUCAACAAACGACGAUACGAUAGAAAUACAAGCAGACGAUAUUGGAUAUCGUGAAAGCUACGUCAAACCAACUAAAACCUCUAAUAUAGAAGAACUUUUGCAUUCACAAUUUAAUAGAUAUGGGUUUAAAAAGGAAUCGACCCAUCACAAUAUAACUAAGGAAGCAUACGACGAAUGGUUUAGAGAUUACUCGCAAUACAGCAUCAAAAGAAAGAAAAAAUGGCAUGUUUUAAUGAAAAGCAACGGGUUAGAAUUAGAAUCAGAUGACACAAUUCCCACUCGGUUUCCUCCCAAGUCUGAUAAAGUUAAAAAAAUGGUUCGAAAGGGUAUACCUGCUGAGUGGAGAGGUAACGCGUGGUUCUUUUAUGCUGGAGGACACGAAAAGCUCAAUAAACAUAUAGGAGUCUAUGAACAGAUAGUACGCGAUACGAAAGACAUACACAACAAGGAUAUCGAAGUUAUUGAACGUGAUUUGAAUAGAACGUUUCCUGACAACAUCUACUUUAACGACGUUAUACGGAAUCGUACUUCUAGUACAUCAUUCAAUAAUAACACUUCCGAAACUUAUAUGAUAAAGUCGUUGCGUCGAGUUCUUGUAGCAUUUGCACAUUACCAACCACAAAUCGGAUACUGCCAAUCGCUCAAUUUUUUGGCGGGGUUAUUGUUGCUUUUCAUGGAAGAGGAAAGGGCAUUCUGGUUAUUGGUCAUUUUGACUGAGAGGAUUAUUCCCAAGGUGCAUUCGGCUAACUUAGAAGGUGUACAUACUGAUCAGGGUGUUUUGAUGCUUUGCAUAAAGGAAUAUAUUCCGCAAUUGUGGUCCAUUUUGGGGAAAAACUUUGAAGGAGAGACAUUAUCAGAGGAUAAAAUCUUAGCUAGAUUACCACCCGUGACGUUGGUCACUUCUUCAUGGUUUAUGUCAGUAUUUGUGGGCAUACUACCAAUAGAGUCUACCUUGCGUGUAUGGGAUAUUUUGUGGUACGAGGGUUCCAAAACCAUCUUCAGAAUGUCGUUGACCAUUUGCAAAAUGUGUUUGGAUAAUCCUCACUUUCAGCAUACCAAGCUAGAAGGUGGAGGUGGUGCCGAAAUGGAACAAAUAGAAUUAUUUCAAUUUAUGCAAAACUUUCCCAAAACCAUUCUUGACUCAAAUGCACUUAUAGAUAAUUGCUUUAAAAAAAUUGGUGGAUAUGGAUUUGGCUCAUUGUCUCAGGAUGAAAUUAACAAAUGCAGGGAAUUUGUAUCCAAACAGAGAGCAAAAUUAAAUAGUAAGAAGAGCAGUGUUGCGGCAGAGAUGAGCGAAGAAGAAAGGAAAGCAUUAAUUUCAACGGGUACUCCAUUUGACUACGGUGAUAAUGAUAUUCACGAUGUUUAUGGUUUUAAUAGGUCAAUAAUGAGUGGUGUUACUUGGAACAAGAAUAUUAGUAACAAAAUGAAGAAGAAGUUUAGUAGAAAAUCUAAAUAG